AUGGAGGGUAAUAAUUUGUUGAGAGUGAGAAAAGGUGCAUGGACUAGAGAGGAAGAUGAACUUCUCAGGCAAUACAUUCAACAGUACGGUGAAGGCAAAUGGCAUCAAGUUUCUCUCAAAGCAGGAGCGAGUCAGAGUAAGGAGGCAAGGUAUAGAGGAAGAAAAAGGAGAAUGGAAGUGAGAAUAAGAGUGAAGAUGAGAUUGAGAGGGAACACGAGAGUGGAAGAUGGGAUGGAUGAGUAA